AUGGCUUCGGCUAAACCUAAAGGCAGUGGUUUUGAGGAAACAGAUCCUGAAGGGUUCAAACAAAUGCUGGAGGAAUUCCGAAGAACCAUGGAACAAAAAUUUAAAUCACUCCCCGAUGAAAGGGAAUAUUUUACCUCCAAUUUGAUUUUGACAGAUUUUCUUCGCGCGAGAAAGUACAAUUUGAAUGAUGCAGUUACUAUGUUGACAAAAGCUGUGGAAUGGAGAAGCGACUACCAUCCCAACUCUAUCAGCUGCACUUAUUGCCACGAAAAGCCUGGCUUUCAUUGCAUUCGUGAAAUUGGACACGAUAUGUACGGACGACCCAUAUUAUAUGCGUGUUUCGCUCAGGCCAAUACUACGAAAAAUCAUUCUGAAGACACUAUCAUGCAUUGUGUUGAAAUGCUGGAAAACGUUCGUAAAUCCUUCCGGAAUAAUGCUACUCAGUUGGUCAUGAUAAUCGAUUGCACAGGCAUGACAUUACCUUGCUGCAAUCCAAAUCUAGGUAAAAAAGUGAUGCAUGUUUUCGCUGAUUACUAUCCAGAACGUCUGGGUAGAGCUGUAAUUGUCAAUUACAAGUCUGUAUUCAAACGUAUUUGGAGUGCUAUCAAGUCAUUCUUGGACCCUGUUACAGCUUCGAAAAUAGUCUUUCUAAAGACAAAGAAGAAGCCGACAUCCAGAUCGAAGACUAAAAUGUUGAGUGAAGGACUUAGGGAAUUUUGUGAUGAAGCGACAGCUAAGUGGUUGGAAGAAGAAAUUAUGCUGAAUAAAGAAAUUAACGAAUCACAGAUGCGAUUCUGGGAGAAGCCGUCGGGAAACGCUCAUGACCCAAGAGGAACCAAUGCCUAUAUCCAUGACUAUAUCGAUUGUCAAUCACCUCCAAAUGGGUUCAAUCCCCAUCCUAAUAUUGUUGACAUAAAAACCGGCAAGCUUCAAAGAGGCCACGCUGUGAAUGUCAGAGGAUCAAAAGCUGAUAAAAUAGGUUCGAAAGAGCUGGAAGAAUAUGGAAUCGAUGCAAACGCCGCUGUUGAAGACGAUUCUGACUAG